AUGGAGUCUAUCAAGCAAGGUGCCAACGCCGUCUCCGAGUCGGUCAAGCAGGCCGCCAGCGGCACUUCCAAAGAGGCCAAUAAGGAGGUCGCCAAGGAUAGUAACGCGAACGUCAGCACUCGUGCUUCCGCCGCCAAGGACGCUCUUGGUGAUAAGGUUGACGAGAGCAAGCACGACGCCAAGUCCGAGGCCCACAAGCAGCAGAUUUGA